AUGAAUGAAGUCAAAAUGACUCACCGGAAAUUUGCGGGCGCUCCGCUUGCCGAACACCUCGCAGCCAAGAAUAAAGGAAGGAUAAGUUUGCUUAAUUCUCCGUCAAGGGAGCAAGUAAGUAAGCGUAGGCUCUAUAAGUGGAGUGAGAUCCCGGAGUGGCAAAGAGAUAAUGAGCAUAUUAUUAGUGGGUACGUGAUCGAGACUAACAGCCUAUGGGCCUGUUUGGAUAGCCUAUUCUACUUGCACAAUGAGACUGUGAACGUUUACAGUCAUCUUUUACCCGGUAUUUGUUUCUUUUUGGUGAUUGUUUUCAACUUUUACGUUCUUGAGCGUUUCGAAACGACAAGCUUGAUAGAUUAUUGCGUUAUAGACUUCUUCUUUUUAGGCGCCUUUACUUGUUUGAUGAUGAGCAGUUUAUUUCAUUGCCUGAAAUGCCAUUCUCUGGAAAUUGCAAUCUUUGGCAAUAAAUUGGACUACCUCGGUAUUGUUGUUCUGAUAGUCUCAUCGAUGGUCAGUAUUUUGUACUACGGUUUCCACGAUAACAAAUCUUUUUUCUUCAUGUUCUCUGGGCUAACAGUGAUUUUUGGCAUUGCUUGCGCAAUUGUAUCCCUUGGCGAGACUUUCAGAUCCAGAGAUUGGAGACCUUAUAGGGCUUCUUUAUUUGUGGCGUUUGGGCUGUCUGCUCUAUUACCUGUCAUAGCAGGACUUCUCAAAUAUGGUUUUAAAGAGACGUGGGCAAGGAUACAACUUCAAUGGGUAAUCCUGGAAGGUGUUUUCUACAUCUCAGGUGCAAUACUAUAUGGUAUUCGAUUUCCAGAGAGAUUAGCACCAGGAAAAUUUGAUAUAUGGGGUAAUUCUCAUCAACUCUUCCAUUUAUUGGUUGUGGUUGCAGCCUUAUGCCAUUUGCGGGCCCUAAUAGGCUCCUACGAGCUAUUUCAUUCACAAUUUUUUCAAUAA